GCUCAGUGGAUCUCGCAGAAGUUUUGGCCACCUGCUCAAAUUUUCAUCAAAGUAUCCAUCGUCAUCUUCCUGCGCAGGAUUCUUGGCUGUAUCAAUCGCUUUAAACAAGUCACAAUGGCAGUUAUAAUCCUCGUGGUUGCCUGGGGCCUGACAGCCGUUGUGGGUAAUACCUUUCAGUGUUGGCCCGUCCAAUAUUUCUGGAUCAAACAUAUCGAGGGUCAUUGCAUGCGCGGUCAAAAUACCUUUUUUAUUAUCAUUGGUGCCCUUUCUUUGGCGCAGGAUGUCUUCAUUCUCUGUCUGCCGCUGCCUAUAGUGUGGAAACUGCAGACUCCUCUUCGGCAGAAGAUCGAAAUAUCGCUACUAUUUUCUAUCGGUUGCCUACAGCAGCUCCCUCACUCAAGUAUGGACGAUAAUGGAGCUCGAUAUGGCCAUCAUAUGUGGGUCACUAUUGUUGAUGAAGCCUUUAAUCCAGCAAUGUAUGGGGACUAUGCGCAAAGGAAUCACAAACUUGAGUAG